UGGUUCUUAUCGCCAACUACCGAGAGUUAAACAUUUAAAAUAGAAAAAUACUUUAAAUUGGACGCUGCCGAAUAACUGCCUAUAAACAGUAAAAACUAUAUAUUAUAGUGAACAAUCUAUAUUGUAUUAUUUUUAUAUAAACAUAAAAUAAUAUUAUUGUGAAAAAUGUUCGGAAACGUAGUGAAGCUCGACUGGCAGAGCACUGCUGAGGGAGAAACUAUAAUGCAACAUUUUUACAAUCCACAGACAAAUGGUAGAAAAUUUUUUGGACUAUUGGAACGACCUAUACUGCCAAACAUAGAAGAAGUAUCGUACAAAUUGUUUUUUGUCGGAAAAAGUGGAGCUGGAAAAUCAUCUACCAUUGCUCGACUAGCAGGGAUAUUAAAUCUUGAUGAAGAGUAUGUAGAAACUCGAGGCAUACGUAAAAGUAAUAUUUAUUGGCCUGUGAAAGUAUGGGAUAGAAUUAUUCUAUUUAGACUGCAAUGUUGGGAUGCCGGUGAUAGAGACAUUAAAAAGUUUGGACAUAUAUUGCCGGUAUGUAAAGAAGAGGCAGAUGCCAUUGUGUUUGUAUUUUCUUUUGCUGACCCUAGUGGAUUAACUAAUAUUUCAACAAAUCUACCUGUAUACAUGAAUGAUAAAAGUAAACCAGCUCCUAUUGUUAUUGGCACAAAAUAUUGUGCUGGUGAUUUUACUGCUAAAGUUACAAUUGAUGAUAUCGAUGAAUUUGAAAAAACACAAAAAAUCACUAUAUUGAAAAUAAACAAGACUGAUGGAAAAUAUGAUAUGAAAGAAAACGAGAUUACAGCCUAUACAUUGAAUGUAAUUUGUGAACAAUUAUGGAUAAGAGAUCAAAACUAUAUAUUAAAUCAGGAAAUGGAAUCUUCUCAGAUUGUCUGAACUGAGUUUCUUUGUGGACUGUGCUUUACAUCUUUAUAGUAUAUUUAUGAAUCUUAGAAUCAAUGAACUGGACAACUGCAUUUGCCUAGAUAAGCAGUUUCUAAACUCAGAUUUGCGGCUUAGUACAGAGUUGUAAAUGUUUUUAUAGUGGGUCACAGAAAAAUAAAUAAAUUUACAUAUUUGUA